CCUCCUCCCCUUUGGCCAAACUCCGGAAGUGACGCACAAAGCGGCCGCCGCGCAGAGAAACUGCGCCGGAAGUGGGGCUGCGGAGCGUGUGGCGACUCUAGCGAGGGCUUCGGAGAUGGGGAAACAGAAGAAAGCAAGGAAAUAUGCUACCAUGAAGCGCAUGAUCAGCCUCCGUGACCAACGAAUCAAAGAGGCAGACCGAGCAAAAGCCAAAGAGAAAAAGAAGGAAGAUCCCAGUGCAAUCAAAGAGAGAGAGGUCCCUAAAUAUCCCUCCUGCUUGUUUUUCCAAUACAACACACAACUAGGGCCUCCUUACUAUAUCCUCGUUGAUACCAACUUCAUUAACUUUUCCAUUAAAGCCAAACUGGAUUUGGUGCAGUCAAUGAUGGAUUGCCUUUAUGCCAAGUGUAUUCCCUGUAUCACUGAUUGUGUUAUGGCUGAAAUUGAGAAACUAGGGCAGAAAUAUCGUGUGGCCCUAAGGAUAGCAAAAGACCCACGAUUUGAACGCUUGCCAUGCACUCACAAAGGAACAUAUGCAGAUGACUGUUUGGUACAGAGGGUCACUCAGCAUAAAUGCUACAUAGUGGCUACCGUAGACAGAGACCUGAAACGGAGAAUACGGAAAAUACCAGGAGUCCCUAUAAUGUAUAUAUCUAAUCAUAGGUAUAAUAUUGAGCGGAUGCCUGAUGACUAUGGAGCUCCCCGAUUUUAACCAACUUCUGGAAAGGAAACAAGAUAUGCCUGCUAUGUCCAGCUCUCCCCUCCCCCCAAAAAAUGAAUCUGUUGUAAGAUUCCAUUGUUUCUAAUUGGCUUCCUGUGGUGCUUGAAACUGGUUUGCUUUCUUAAAUGUAUUUCCCAGAAAAAACAUGCAGUCUUUUUUCUUGAUUUAUGGUCCAGAAUAAAUAUUCUUCAUUAAA